CGGGCACGCGCAGGAGUAGAGGCGUGGGGGGGGGGCGGGGGACGGCUCGCUUGCUCCCUCGCAAGAUGGCGGACGAGGACGGGGAAGGGAUUCACCCCUCAGCCCCUCACAGGAAUGGAGGCGGCGGCGGAGGGUCUGGGCUCCACUGCGCCGGGAACGGCGGCGGGGGAGGCGGCGGCCCGCGGGUCGUGCGCAUCGUCAAGUCUGAGUCCGGCUACGGCUUCAACGUGCGGGGCCAAGUGAGCGAGGGCGGGCAACUGCGGAGCAUCAACGGGGAGCUGUACGCGCCGCUGCAGCAUGUGAGCGCCGUGCUGCCCGGGGGGGCGGCCGACCGGGCCGGGGUGCGCAAGGGGGACCGCAUCCUGGAGGUGAACGGCGUGAAUGUUGAGGGGGCGACACACAAGCAGGUGGUGGACCUGAUCCGAGCAGGAGAGAAGGAAUUGAUCUUGACAGUGUUGUCUGUACCUCCUCAUGAGGCUGAUAACCUAGAUCCCAGUGACGACUCCUUGGGACAAUCAUUUUAUGAUUACACAGAAAAGCAAGCAGUGCCCAUAUCGGUCCCCACUUACAAACAUGUGGAGCAGAAUGGUGAGAAGUUUGUGGUGUACAACGUUUACAUGGCAGGGCGGCAGCUGUGUUCUAAGCGGUACCGGGAAUUUGCCAUCCUGCACCAAAACCUGAAAAGGGAGUUUGCCAACUUUACAUUUCCUCGACUCCCAGGAAAGUGGCCGUUCUCAUUAUCAGAGCAACAGCUCGAUGCCCGGCGUCGCGGACUGGAAGAAUAUCUAGAGAAGGUGUGUUCAAUCCGAGUCAUUGGUGAGAGUGACAUCAUGCAGGAGUUCCUGUCAGAAUCUGAUGAGAAUUACAAUGGUGUGUCUGAUGUAGAGCUGAGAGUAGCUUUACCGGAUGGAACAACAGUCACCGUCAGAGUUAAAAAGAACAGCACUACAGACCAAGUGUACCAGGCUAUUGCAGCAAAGGUUGGCAUGGACAGUACAACAGUGAAUUACUUUGCCUUAUUUGAAGUGAUCAAUCAUUCCUUUGUACGUAAGCUGGCACCUAAUGAAUUUCCUCAUAAACUCUACGUCCAGAAUUACACGUCAGCGGUGCCCGGCACCUGCCUGACUGUCCGCAAGUGGCUCUUUACCACAGAGGAAGAGGUCCUCUUAAAUGACAAUGACCUUGCUGUUACAUACUUCUUUCAUCAGGCUGUUGAUGAUGUGAAGAAAGGUUACAUUAAAGCAGAGGAGAAGUCUUACCAGUUACAGAAGCUGUUUGAACAAAGGAAAAUGGUCAUGUACCUCAACAUGCUAAGGACUUGUGAGGGCUACAAUGAAAUCAUCUUCCCACACUGUGCCUGUGACUCCAGGAGGAAGGGGCACGUUAUCACAGCCAUCAGCAUCACGCACUUUAAGCUUCAUGCCUGCACUGAAGAAGGGCAACUGGAGAACCAGGUCAUAGCAUUUGAAUGGGAUGAAAUGCAGCGAUGGGACACAGAUGAAGAGGGGAUGGCCUUCUGUUUUGAAUAUGCACGAGGAGAGAAGAAGCCUCGAUGGGUUAAAAUCUUCACACCAUAUUUCAAUUACAUGCAUGAAUGCUUUGAGAGGGUAUUCUGCGAGCUCAAGUGGAGAAAAGAGGAAUAUUAGUUAGAGACUGAUUGUCCCAUGUGAGCCAGGACAUUCUCCCAGCAAGGCUGGCCUCUGGAUGGUGAAUGGGCUAUGCACAAAGCCCUGCUUCUCCCCUUGUGUAGGGGUGGACACUGGCUGCAGGCUCUUCCACCUCUCAUGGCUUCAUGGACCCUCUUCUGCCUGUUUGUUUGAUUUUUAUUGUUGUUGUUGUUUUAAUCAAAUAACCCUCCAUGCUGUUCCUGACCCAGGAGAGCACCUGCCCUGAGUUUUAGCCAUCUGCCGGGAUAAGUCACAGUAGGGUCUUUCUUCACUAACCAAGAACAUACAUGUGGGGGAAAUUUGUCGCACUGUUGUUCACAGCAUCCGUGCUGGAGCAGAAUUUAGAAAACUGUCUAAAUACUCAGCUACUUAAAUUCUCAGAGAAAAUCAGGGAAUCAAAAGGUCCGGUCAGUCAUGUGGAAGUUGAUGUUCUUGCUAUAGUAGAAAGAACACUGGGCUCUGAAAGUCACCUGGGAUUUCUCCUGCUUCUUUGGUCUGUGAUUUUGGGUAAAGCAACUUCCUUAGAUCUGAAUUGUCUCUUGUAAAACAGGAAGACUGAGCCAGGUGGUGGUAGUGAGAGAGAGUUCUCUGUGCUCAAGGAGGCUGUGGUUCUGGAUGGGAAGCUGGUCAAGCUGUCAGCUAGGCUUGCUGCUCCAGCUCUGUCUGAGGAUUGUCUCCAGAUCAGAGUCCACGCUGCUCCUCAAUAACUCUUCUUUUUUUUUUUCCUUUCAGAAUAUUUUCCAGAUGGCGAGGUCACAGCAGAGGGAUGUGGCCACCUAGCCUUUCCUCAUUCCAUCCCUUCUCCUUGCCCUCAUUCUCUUGGCCCUCUUGUCUCCCAUGUCAGACAGUAACCAUUAACACAAAAGAAGAAAAAAAGGUCGUUAUAUCCCAAAGUCCUAAGCUAAAUAUUAAUAAUUCCCUGUGAACUUCACGUCUCUGGAACUGAGCUGGUAGAGAACAGCAGGUUGAUAGUGCCAGAAGUCCACUGAGAUCAGACAGAAGUAAGCCCACCAACUCACCAAAGGCACCCUUGUCGUUUCCCCAGGCCUCGUACCAACAAACUCUCCUGUACUAUAUUUUUAAAACUGGAACUAUGAACUCCAUCCGUUUGCACUGUUCAAGCAUAUAUAUGUAUGUAUGUAAAAAAUUAUAUAUACACAAAUUAGCUGCACGUAUAUACAUAUAUAUUUCUUUUUAAAUUUCCUAUUGAUGGCAGUACCUUUUUUAGCUUGUGUUUUUACACACCUUUCACUGAAUUCAUGACCUCUCUCUUGCUCUCUUUAUUUUGAAACAAACUUUAAAAAGGAAAAAAAAAUUACAGGGAAAAUACCUCUCCUCAUGCAGGACUCAGAAAGUUUACAACCUGCUUGGUUCCCCCCCCUUUUUUUUGUGUUGAGUACAGUUUCUGGCUAUUGGUUUGCCAUAGAGUCCGAGGAGCAAGGAAUGUAUGUCUUUAUCUUCAAGAGGGUGCUGAGGAGGAGAAAGGCUGUUUCUCAAGAGCAACUAGACUGCAGGUCUACAGGGAGUCUAAAGACCUAUGGUCUCCAUUCCAAGUCAUUGUGACUGACUAGUCCAUUCUGCAUCUCCUUCCUGUUUCUUUCGGGCCUUUUAUAUGCUUCCUUUCAACUGGCCCAAAACAGAGGUGAGGGUAGUGUCAGGGAGCUGUCACCAUAGGAAACUUCUCUUCUGCAACAGGGACAGUAUUAGGAACAUACGGAGGGAAGGAAGGAAGCAGUGCCUCAUGUUUAUAAGGGUUUACCUCCUCCGUUCCUGUGGAGUAACUACCUUUAUUUUAUACCCUCCAUGACUUCCUUAAACAGUUUUGUGGGGAGGGAGUGACUUGGGGAAACUUAGAGUCUGGGUCUCUGUCAACCAAAUCAUAGCCCUGUUCAUGCCAGCUCAGGGCCAGGAAGAAGUGGAAUAUGCUUGAUUUCAGUUGGUCUCCACUCUUUACUUCAAAGGGGACUGGAGAGAAGUCUCUCAGAGUUCUUCAUCUGGGGCUGGAUUGGGCCUCAGUGGGCAGAGUGCUUGCCUGGUGUACACAAAGCCCUAGGUUCCACCCCAGCACAGCAUAAAUCUGGGUGUGGUGGUGCACACCUGUAAUCUCAGCACUUAGUCAGAAGUUCAAGCCCAUCCUGAGUUCAGGGUUAUCCUUGAUUCCAUGAGACCCUGUCUCAGAAGUAGAAGAGGUCUUUGUCUGCCCUUGCAUUUGGACUUCUAGGGCCCAAGAACUACAUUAGGGGCAUAGGCCAGGGCUGGCACUAGGGUAAUAUUCUCAGACCUUGAGUUCCUGCUUCCCCGCUGUACCUUCCAAAUAGAAGCCUCCAUCGGCUGGCAUCUGGGCUUUAUACAGCUGGAAGGCAGCCGGAAUUGGGUGGUGUUGGCAGUGUUGGGUUUGGUUUAAAACUUCAUACUGCUUUUAUACUGGUUUUGCAGAUUACUAGGAGACCACUUUUCUGUCUCUAUUAUUCUGGCAGCCACUUGUUAGGACAGCCUGUUCCUUCCCUCUACAAAUCUGUGGGACCACAGAGUAUAAAAUAUACGAGUGGUGAGUGUUUAAAGUUGGAGAGGGUGGUACUUGAUUUGAAGGCUUUGAUCCAGGAUCAACUCUUCCUUCUGGCUUUAAUCCUGAGUCUGAGUACCUUAAAAGUAGAUGCAUUGAUUUCUACUCCAAGGUACUUUGGAGGUCAUCUUUGUUCAAACUGUAAAAAUAGCAACAGUGUGCUCCUGUUCCCUCAGUGAGAGAGGCAUGAAAGAGUCUACUUAACAGCCUUCUAGAGAAGAGAUGGCUUUUUGGAGGUCUCUAAGUAUGAGCCCCAAAGGUGUUGGCCUGUUAACAGAAUCUGUGUAGGAGCAGCCUGGGUCUGCAGUCUCAUAGCUGCAGCAAGGAGACGGGAAGGGGGAGACCCCGAGGGCUCAGAGUAGGGCUCCAGUCAUGGAGGCAGAGGCCACCAAGGCCAGAGACCCACAGCAUCCAGCCCCUUUGCAUGAAGCAGUGUUAGAUGUAACUCUACUCCAUCUGCCCAUUUCCCCUGCACUUUUUCUUUAGUCCCUACUAUGUUUUGUAGUCCUGGCUUCUGCCCAGGGUGGCAUCUGUCUCCCAGUCUUCUUUUGCAGUUUGUCUCUGAGAAAGGGAAUCCGCCUCCCCAUCUUCACCCCAGCAGGAUCUUCCUGCUCUCCCAUUGUCUCCUCCAUGUUGAGUUUCUAUGAGACAAAAAUUCAGAAGAUUUUUAUGGACCCUGAGAAACCUGACCCGUAGGAAGCUUUGUUUGGGUAGUGCUUUGAGCUUGCUGCUCUUUGUAUUUUUAUCCUGGUGCACAUUUUCCUGCCCUCCCCAUGCCGAGGCCUAAGCUCAGCACAGCUACAUAUACUUUAGUGCUUAGGGCAGCUCCGAGGCCUGGACAGAGCUCUCAGGGAGGAACGAGAUAAAUAUUCCAGCAUCCUCUUGCCUGGCCCAUUUAGUUUUAUCCUUUAGUUACCUGGGCCAGUAGCUUUGAGUUACCCCUUUUAUAGCUCCAACCCUGUGCUUGGAGCAGCAAAGUAGGGCACUGAUAAGAGGGGACACCUCUUUCAUCUCAGAAUUUCCAGCUUAAGGGCCAGCUCCUAGAAAGCCGCUUUCUUAAAGGGACCUGCAUGCAUAUGAGUUGACCUUAAGUCUCCCGGACUGGAGGGUCUCCCUGUCUCCUGUCCAUUAAUAUGUCUGGGGAUGGCCUCAGCACAUGGCUGCUCCUUCGCCAGUUUCGUGGGUUACUUUAACUUCAUUUUGGAGGAGGGAGAGAGUGGCCGAAUACUCAGAACUAGUGGGAGGGAGAAUGCUUCUAUAGCCCCCCACCUUGGUUUCCUCUUAAUCCAACCUGAGUGCAUCUGCCAGGCUCCCUCUACCUAGACAGCAGCAGCUUUUUCAGCAGUAACUGAGGUGUACGGAAACUGGGCUCUAGGGAGGAACAAGACUGAAGAGGGGCUGACUCUGGUAGGAGCACCUGGCCAGCUGCUAAACGUGGGUGCCAACUUGAUAUCAAGCCCCCUUUUAAGCCAGUGAGCUGGGCUUCAGUUUUUCCCAGGCCAUGCAUCCUUUUAAUUUAUUUGAGAGAAACUCUUAAUUGUAUUUUCACUGCAGUAUCUUGUAUUUUUAUUUGUGAUCUAUGAAAUGUGAAGAGAAAAUGCAGAGACCACACUGGCUCCAGUGUUUCUCCAGCCCCUGCUCUAGAGCUAACCACUCUAAGAUUGUUUGGUAAUGUCACUUAGUGUAAUUAAUUGUAACAUAUUCUUUUAAAUAAAUUGAUUUAUUGAUGAAA